AUGUCAGAUGUGUGUGAUUACUACAAGCGCAUUUUGCUUUCUUGUCUGAGCAAAAGGUACGAGGAGACAUUUGCGCCAUUUGAGGAGAUUAAUUUCGAGACAAAAUAUGAAGACGCCGCAAUAGGUUCGGUAAUUAAGCAUUUGGAUGAGAAUAAGAGGCAAAUACUACGACAACGAGGCCUAGAAUCUAUCAGGGAUGGUAGAGUCGCCCUAGUUAUACUCGCUGGUGGCCAAUCAACUAGACUGGGAAAAAAUGGAAAUAAAUCACUGGUCCAAAUCACUCCAAAUGGAUCCAAGACGCUUCUGCAGCUCCACCUGGAACGAGUACGGCGAGUGUGUCUCAAUGCAGAAAUGAGCUCUUUGUCGGAAAAUGCUAACGAAUCUACAGACACCCGUAAUAGAGCUGAAGGCAAAGUGAUAGAGACUGGAAAAGAUUCGGGUACUAGUAAAGCUACCAGAGGAAAUGAGCACGAGAAUGGAAAUAACAGUUCCUCGGAUUCUAAAAGACCUCUUGUAUACAUUCUAACAUCUGUGUUCAAUAAGAAUGAUAUUCAGGGAUAUUUGGAUAAAAAUGGCUACUUUGGGCUAGAUCCAAAUUUGGUUGUUUUACUCGAACAAAAGAAUGUUCCAUGUUUUUUCAUGAAUGCUACUCAAUGCAAACAUGAUGGAGAAUCUCUCAGUGAAUCUACUCCAAAAGGAUCCAUGGGUGGAAAUUAUCAAAGUAAACUCAUAGAUUCCCCAAGGUCUAUAUUCGAAACUAGGAGAUCUGUAUUUACUAUGCAAAGUGGAGAGUUCCACAUGUCUUCUGAUGGAAAUCCACUAACUGUUGAAGUCCUUGUCGAUUCAAAGGGUCUAAUUACAGCUCCAAAUGGCAAUGGGAAUAUUUUUGAAUGCCUUCACAACUGUCAUUCCUUCAUGAAACACUUGGAGAAUUUGGAUCACCUUCACGUAAUCGCGGUAGACAAUGCUCUUUCAAGACCUCUUGAUCCAGAAUUUAUCGGUCUUGGUCUUCAUUUUCCAUUUGAUACUCUUAACAAAUGUAUCAAGAAGAAGGAAAAUGAGAAUUUGGGAAUUUUCUGUGUAGGUAAACAUCCUUGUAUAGUAGAAUACAGUGAACUUGACAGAAUCACUUCUGAUUCUCCAAUAAGACAAAAUGACAAUUUCUAUGGGAAUAUUUGCGACCAUCUUUUUUCUGGUCCAUUUCUUAGGCGAAUAAUGGAUUAUAAAGCCUACUUGGAAAUGCCAUAUCAUGUAGCUAAAAAGGCUAUCCCCUAUUGGGAUGGUACACAAUUUGUUUAUCCAGACAGUAUUAAUGGGUAUAAACUUGAGCUUUUUAUAUUCGACGUUAUGAAAUUUGCUGAAAAGGUGCUAUGUUUAGAAGUUGAUAGGGAGGAUUCAUUCGCCCCUGUUAAGAGGGCAUAUGAUUUUGAUUGGGAAAAUAAUGAUAACUCUGUACAGUAUAAAAUGGAUAUUAUAUAUAAAAAAUGGUUAAAAUCUGUAAAAUGUAAUGUCGAUGGUAUAUUUUGUGAGAUAUCACCGCUUUUAAGUUAUUCUGGGGAAGGACUUGAAGAGUACAGUGGUUGCCAGCUUACUGCACCUAUUCUUCUCGAUAAGCCCAGUAAAUAA